GCUCGGCCCGGCGGGCCUUUUCAGUAAAUAACAGAUGCGGGUGAAAGAGCCAUCCCAAGCUUUACCUGAAAAAGCCAAAAGAAGUAAAAGGCCCAGCACACCUCACGAUGAAGACUCUUCCGACGACAUUGCUGUAGAUUUCACUUGCCCACAUGUAAAUCAUGCUGUCAGUGUGAAUCAUGUGAAAAGAGCAAUAGCUGAGAAUCUGUGGUCAGUUUGCUCAGAAUGUUUAAAAGAAAGAAGAUUCUAUGAUGGACAGCCAGUACUUCUUUCUGAUGUUUGCUUGUGCCUCAAGUGUGGUUUUCAGGGAUGUGGUCAGAGCUCAGAAAGACAGCAUUCAUUGAAGCACUUCAAGAGUUGGAGAACAGAGCUUCAUUGUAUUAUAAUUAAUCUGAGCACAUGGAUUAUAUGGUGUUAUGAGUGUGAUGAAAAAUUAUCAACGCAUUGUAAUAAGAAGGUUUUGGCUCAGACAGUUGAUUUUCUCCAGAAACAUGUUUCUAAAACACAAACAAGUGCAUUUUCUAGAAUCUCAAAACUUUGUGAAGAAAAAUGUGAAACAGAUGAAAAGAUGAGAGGAAGAAAAGGCAGCAGUGUAACAUCUGUAAGAGGAAUUACGAAUUUAGGAAAUACUUGCUUUUUUAAUGCAGUCUUGCAGAACUUGGCACAGUCUUACAUUCUUACUGAGCUGAUGAAUGAGAUCAAAGAAAAUGGGACAAAACUCAAGAUUUCUCCUUCCUCAGACUCUCAGCUGGACCCAUUAGUGUUGGAACUUUCAAGCCCUGGACCAUUGACCUCAGCCUUGUUCCUGUUUCUUCACAGCAUGAAGGAGACUGAAAAAGGACCACUUUCUCCUACAGUUCUUUUUAAUCAGCUUUGUCAGAAGGCCCCUCGAUUUAAAAGUUUCCAACAACAGGACAGUCAGGAGCUUCUGCAUUAUCUGCUGGAUGCUGUGAGGACAGAAGAAACAAAGAGAAUACAAGCUAGCAUUCUAAAAGCAUUUAAUUACCCAACUAUUAAAACUGCUGAUGAUGAAACCAGAAAAAAAGUCAAAGCAUACGGAAGAGAAGGUGUGAAAAUGAACUUCGUAGAUCAAAUCUUUAUUGGUGAAUUAACCAGCACGGUCAUGUGUGAAGAAUGUGCAAAUAUCUCCACAGUGAAAGAUCCUUUUAUUGAUAUUUCACUUCCUAUAAUAGAAGAAAGGGUUUCAAAACCUGUACUUUGGGGAAGAAUGAGUAAAUAUAGAAGUUUACAGGAGACAGAUAAUGGUCAGUACAGUGGCACUGUUACUUUGGAAAAUACUCAUCAACCCAGAGUCAACAAGAAGCAUUCUUCAUCUAAAGAUAAGAAUCAACUAAUUCAUGGCAGAAAACAUAUAAGAAAAUUGUCAUCUGAAGAAGAUAAAGCUGUUGUCAUCCACCAGAAAAAUGAAAACCUUGAAAUAGAUGGGGAUUCUUCAGUGUUGGCAAGCAGCAUCAUGAAUACUGAACCGACUCUGACUGGAAGCCCUACCAAUGGCAGUGAAAAAGAAGCCAGCCAUUCUGAAAGUAGUGUUGAUGCUGACAGUGAAGCUUCAGAAUCUGAAAGUGCUUCUAAGCAGACUGUGUUGUUGAGAUCCAGUGGUGGAUGCGUUGUGCACACAAAGGGACAUCCCUCAACAAGUGAACCGCCCGCCAGGAAGACUGACAGUGGUGAUGAGGAAGUGGCUGAAGCUAUUUCUGGACUUCAUUUGAGCGGCACUGUAACUGGAGAUAGAGAUUUUAAAAAGGAAAAUCAGCCACUAAAUGUUCCAAAGAAUUUAUGUUUUUCAGGGGAGAAGCAUAUGAUGUCUCACAGCCCCCAAAAUGCUUUUCAAACCCUUUCUCAGAGCUAUAUAACUACUUCUAAAGAAUGUUCAGUUCAGUCCUGUCUCUACCACUUUACAUCCAUGGAGUUACUAAUGGGAAAUAAUAAGCUUCUGUGUGAGAAUUGUACUGAAAAGAAACAAAAGUACCAAAAGAAAACCAGUUUUGCAGAAAAGAAAGUAGAAGGGGUUUAUACAAAUGCCAGGAAGCAAUUGCUCAUUUCUGCUGUUCCAGCCAUCCUAAUUCUCCAUCUUAAAAGAUUCCAUCAGGCUGGCUCGAGUCUUCGCAAAGUAAACAGACAUGUAGAUUUUCCACUUUUGCUUGAUUUAGCACCAUUCUGUUCUGCUACUUCUAAGAAUGUAAGCGUGGGAGAUAAAGUUCUCUAUGGUCUCUAUGGCGUAGUGGAACAUAGUGGCUCGAUGAGAGGAGGCCACUACACCGCUUAUGUGAAAGUGAGAACACCCUCCAGGAGAUUAUUGGAACAUAUCACUGGAAAGAAAAAUGUACCUGGUUUGAAAGAACCUGAUAGGGAGUCAGCAGGCCAGUGGGUCCAUGUCAGUGACACUUAUGUGCAGGUGGUUCCAGAGUCAAGAGCACUUAGUGCACAAGCGUACCUUCUUUUUUAUGAAAGAAUAUUAUAAUUAUUCGUCAAUUAUUAGUGGUAAUGAUUAUUUAGAUCACUUUUAUUUAAAUGCUGCCAUGAUAACCAUAGUAUGCAAUGUGCCUUUGUAGUCUUUUCUCUUCUGUAGGAAUAGCAUGUCCCUCAAAUGCUCCUGAACAUUUUUACCAUUUUGAUGAAUCCUUUUAAAGUAAAGUAAAUUUACUCAGUGCUUUCAAAUGUAUAUUCUUAAACUAAAUGUAAACACAUGUUUUUAAAAAAAUAUUUAUCCUGGAAAAAACCCAGAAUUUACCAUACUAGAGGAAAAUCCUUUAUGAUGUGGCUUAUUAUUACAAGCAUCCAGAAAUGAUGCUGACUAAAUUAAAUCAUUCCCUAAAACAGUGUUUCCCAAAUGUGAGUCACAUACCACCCUUCUGAUCUCGUAUAUAUGUAUAUAUAUCUCCUGUGCCAUUGUUUACUUAUUAUUUUUAACCUUAU